AUGUUGUCGCCAGCAAUUGCAGCAAUGAAAAAUUACUUAUUUUUGCUACUACUUUUAUCGGUAUUUCAAUACACCUCGAGCGCUAUCAUUGUGGAUGAUGAACUUAUUAUAAGAGAAGAAUCCCAUUCCUCUGAAGGGUACGAAAUCACUAGAACUGGCUCAUUAAUUAUUGAUAGUGUUUUCUCCCAGGUUGGAGACAUUAACAUUCAAGGGGCGGGAGGAAGCUUCUUGUAUACAACUACUUUUGGUCUAGAUUUUCAGCUUAAACUUUACGAUUUGGUAAAUUAUGGAUUAGUCCACAUAGAUACUGCUUCCUUUACCGGCGACCAUGGGUCUAUUGAACUAUGCGGCAUCACAAACCAUGCUACCAUGAUAAUGGAUAUCUUGUCCACGAAUACUAGGAUCCAAUUUAAAAGUUUUGAAAAUGAUGGUACUUUCUUCCUUUCAGGAAACGGAAGGAGUAUAAUUGUGUUUUUGAGACAGACUGUCUUGCCUAAUAAUGGUUUGCUUUGUGUUAGAAAUACUAUUUUGCUGAUACUGCGUUUGGUGUUGCAAACAAACAAAAGAGAGGAAGAUUUAGAUCUGGUCGAGGGAUGCGUGAACUUGCUAGAAAAUUCUCGGCUUGAAUUAGUGGGAACCAAUGCAUACUCUAUUGUAUGUUUAAGUGAGAAUUCUGUGCUUCAUAUUUUCCAACCAGUUCCUGCAAAAACUCCAAUAAUGAUUGCUAACUUCGGAACAACCAAUCGUAUUCUUCUUUAUUAUUCCGGCUUUCCAGUUCCAAAUUAUGAUACACCUGGUGUAUUCUCGUUUGUUGAUGAGAUGGGAAAUUUUUAUGGUGUUGAUGUUGGUUCUAGCUAUACGGUUCAAGAUUGGGGCUACGUGUACGAUAUAACCGGUACCUUGGACUCAGAGUCACCACAUGAAUGCCCUUGCAUUUGCGAUGAAGAUCCACGGAGUACAAUACCUGAAACUUCAACUGAACCGGAAACUUCAACUGAACUGGAAACUUCAACUGAACCGGAACCUACUAUUGAAUCGAUUGAAUCGACUGAAUCCACUGAUCCCAAGCCUGAAUCAUCAACUGAACCUGAAACUUCGAUCGCGUCUGAAAUUUCUACUACAGAUGAAACGCUGGAACCUUCAUCAAAAUCCAAAUCUUCAAUAGAACCUGAAACUUCUGCUUUGCCUUCCACCGAAACUGAAACUUCAUUAUUGCCUUGGUCCUCACUUGAGACUUCUUCAAACCCUGAAACCGUACCUCCACCUGAAUCCUCGAGUACAUCUUCAUUUAAGCCUCUUACAGUCCCAUCGACAAUCAAAGUCACGUCUACUACUGCUUGUAUUACCACCAAUUAUACUCAAACCACAAUGGUAUGUACUACUGUAAUUACAACUGAAACAGCUUGUAAAACCGUCGCAACUGUAAAAUGUGGAACUACGUUCUGCACUACUGAGACUACGACAGAUAUUCCUACUUUGGUAACUAAAACUAUCACUUUUACCACUGAUAUUCCCAUUACUACUUAUACGGUUGAGACGGCUAGUGUGACAGUUCCAAAAACAGAUUCAGUUUCAAGUGGUACGGGAACAGAACGACCAGACAUCCCAACAAUGGCUUCUAUACCUGUAGGAUUGGCUAGAAGAAACUAUGAAAAUAGCUUAAUUUCUGGUUUCACAAUUCUUGUUUAUUGGGUAGUUUUUGUUUAA